CUACACUUCUGAUGGGUUUAAAGAUUGUAUUACAUUAUCUAAUAGUGAGAAAGUAAACCCCAGCUGUUAUUCUUUUCACAGGGAAGGACAAUCCCCAUUAUGUCAUGAACGUUUCAUUGAUGAACAACCAUAGAUAUUUUCCCUCCAAUUUGGCUCCUGUUCCUCCAACAGUGAGAAAGACCUGCCAGCAGAGCUCACUGGAGCAGGGAGACAUGCCGUCAUCCUUUUGGCGCCUGACAAAGCUUGAGAUUCAGAUCCUGCUGAACGAUGUUAAGCAGUCGAUUAACCACAUGCAGGGGACGCUGAACACCAUGCAGGGGCAGUGUAUUGAGUUGCAGACUGCCAUGUCUAAGGUAGUGUCAGAUGAGUCUCAGAGUGAUCUUCCUUGGCCUCAUCACAUGUCUCAGUUGCUCCUCCUUUGGAGGGAGGGGGACACCACCACGGGACAGCCCCUACACUUAUCGCUAGAGAUCGAACUUCAGACUCCCUCCAAAACCACUGAACCCCUCAACACACCGAAAGAGUUUAUGAUGCACACCCUUAGAGGGCGCCGGAACAGGAUAACUCCCUCCACCCUCACAAAGACACAGAGGAGGAGGAACUAUCCAACACCCAGGGAGAGAGAACGAGUGACCUCAAUCAAACACAGCCAGAAAGUGGAGGUGGAAGAGGCAUUAGAUAGAUGGAGGAGGUUACCCCAGAGGCCAUUCCUCCUGUUCAUGUGAGCAAGAAAGAGCAGAUGGCUUCUGAUCAGCCAAAUGGCAGGCAGAGGGAGAGGUCAUAGUGAUUCACACCCACAGAGAAAGACAACCCACACAAGCUCUUAGUUGAGAUGAACCACACAGAGGUAGAGGCAGAGGGCUUUCAGGCCUAGCAAGUCAGCCUGCCUGCUCUAAUCCUCAAGUCAAGAUUUGUAUUCAAUAAUUGAGAAGUCCCAUUUACUUAAUUAUCAUUUUUCACUGUCUUCAACCCUCAAGAACCAGGGUGAGUCUGGGUCACCCUUUUACUGGGCAGAUAGAACUUGCAUAUCGUCAAAGACUAGGCCGAAACGUUAAUCUUUUAACCUUGCUUGAAUAAAACAAUGCAUUUUUUAUAGUGAGCAAGAGUUGGGCUUUUUCCUUUUCUAUGAUGA